AUGGCCGGGAAGGCGCUGUCGCUGCUGCCGCCGCUGCUGCUGGCCGCCGCCGGCCUCGCCGGCCUCCUGCUGCUGUGCGUCCCCACCCGCGAUAUCCGGGAGCCGCCCGCCCUCAAGUAUGGCAUCGUCCUGGACGCGGGCUCUUCCCACACGUCCAUGUUUAUCUACAAGUGGCCGGCGGACAAAGAGAACGACACAGGGAUCGUGGGCCAGCACAGCUCCUGUGACGUGCAAGGUGGGGGCAUCUCUAGCUAUGCUGACAACCCUUCUGGGGCCGGGCAGAGCCUUGUGGAAUGCCUGAACCAGGCACUUCGGGACAUACCCAAGGAGAGACACGUGGGCACGCCGCUCUACCUAGGAGCCACGGCGGGCAUGCGCCUGCUCAACCUGACCAGUCCAGAGGCUUCAGCCAACGUGCUCGCUGCCGUGACACAGACGCUGACCCAGUACCCCUUUGACUUCCGCGGUGCCCGCAUCCUCUCAGGCCAGGAUGAGGGUGUGUUUGGCUGGGUGACCACCAACUACUUGCUGGAAAACUUCAUCAAGUACGGCUGGGUGGGCCGGUGGUUCCGGCCAAGGAAGGGGACGCUGGGGGCCAUGGACCUGGGGGGCGCCUCCACACAGAUCACCUUCGAGACGGCCAGCCCCGCGGAGGAUCCGGCCAAUGAGGUUCAGCUCCGGCUCUAUGGCCAGCGCUACCGAGUGUACACGCACAGCUUCCUCUGCUACGGCCGUGACCAGGUCCUGAGGACGCUGCUAGCCAGUGCAGUCCAGACCCGUGGGCCCCACCCCUGCUGGCCGCAGGGCUAUUCCACCCACGUGAUGCUCCAGGACGUCUAUGAGUCGCCCUGCACCGCCGCCCAGCGGCCCCAGGCCUUCAACAGGAGCGCCAGGGUCAGCUUGGCGGGCAGCAGCGACCCUGCCCUGUGCCGCGGCCUCGUCUCCCAGCUCUUUAACUCCUCCUCCUGCCGUUUCUCCAGAUGCUCCUUCAACGGCGUCUUCCAGCCCCCUGUGGCUGGGAAGUUUAUCGCCUUCUCUGCUUUCUUCUACACGGUGGACUUCCUGAGAACGGUGAUGGGGCUGCCCAUAGCAACUCAGCAGCAACUAGAGGCGGCUGUGGUUGCCAUCUGUAGCCAGACAUGGAGUGAGCUGCAGGCUCGGGCGCCGGACGACCGGGCCCGCCUGCCCGACUACUGUGCCGGGGCCAUAUUUGUGCAGCAGCUGCUGAGACGCGGAUAUGGCUUCGAUGAGCGCUCCUUCGGAGACGUGACCUUCCAGAAAAAGGCCGGGGACACUGCGGUCGGCUGGGCACUUGGCUACAUGCUAAACCUGACCAACCUGAUUCCCGCUGACCCGCCUGGGCUGCGCAAAGGCACAGACUUCAGCUCCUGGGUCGUCCUCCUCCUGCUCUUCGCCGCCAUGCUCCUGGCCGCGUUUGCCCUCCUGCUGCACCAGGCGCGCGCCACCAAGUCGGCGGGCACCAUCUAG